GAUAAGCGAUAUUUUGAUGAAUAACUUGUUUCCUCAGAACUUUGUCGACAAUAUGUCCAUACGCAUUGGAUUUUAGUAAUUGCGAUAAGACCAUUGUUCAUCAAGAUAAAUGUCGAAUGGUUUAUUCUGAAGUGCGGCUCAGUUGCAUCACUCGGCACAGUCGGCGCUCGUUCCGUGGGCGCGCACGCAGUGACAGAACACAAACAAAUCCGUGAGGUGGAACGACCGGGCUCUUUGUUAUGAGUCCACUUUCAAACAUUACUUGACAUGUGAAGGGCAUUUGUUUACAGUACAAUGGCCAUCUCAGCAAACUGUUGGAAGUACUUAGUGCUUAUCUUCAACGUACUAUUCGCAAUGUCAGCAGUAGUAUUGUUUGGAGUGAGCGGCUGGCUUUUAUAUCGUCUCUUCAUUUACCGGCAUUUCAUAGGGGUGAAUGUGGAAUACCCUGCAAUCCUGCUUCUGAUGAUGGCCAUCAUCACAUGCUCCAUAGCCUGGAUUGGUUGGAGAACGGCUACGUCUAUGCAUCAAAUUCAUGUCACCAUUACCGGUAUCCUGUUAAUCCUAGUGGUGGUGAUCGAGUUUGCCUGCUUCGUGUGGGCCAUGGUUGUUUGGGACGGCGUGGACCUGGAGAUCAAGACCAAUAUGGCGUCCUAUCUGCAGUACACCUUGGAAAAUAAGGACAGCUCGUAUGACUUGCUGCGGUGGGACAAACUGCAUAAAGAUAUGCAGUGCUGCGGCGUCACGGGCCCGGGAGACUUUCUCCACACCAACAACAUCCCUGUAUCCUGCACAGGCAAGGGUAUCCUCGACACGCUGGCUCAGAAGCCCUACGUGUCUGACCACAGCGCUAUAUUCCAGCAGGGCUGCGGGAACCCACUUCAUGAGUACGCUAGACAGCAGUUGAUGCUGGUGGCUAUGACGGCGCUGGUCGCGUCUGUAUUACAGAGCUCCGGUAUCUUCUGCACGUUCUUCCUCGCGCAUGCCAUCCGGUUGCGUCGGCGCGCGUCCAUCAGAAACUCCUCAUCCCUACGCGAAGCUGCCCUCACUGGUGCUCCUGACGACUCGUUGCUGUCGCCCAGCGCUCCAACACAUACCUUGCCAAAGUAUUAGACUAUAUUCCAUCCGGUUGCGUCGGCAUGCGUCCAUCGUAAACUCCUCAUCCCUACGCGAAGCUGCUAUAUCUAUCUGCUGCUCCUGACGACUCUUUACUACUCUAGG